AGUGACAGCAGGGACGCCCAAAAAUGGCAAAGAUAUAGAAAAUGUUAUUAAUUAAAUUGAAUUUUGUGAUUUUAAUAUUUUUAAUAGAUGAAUUUUAAAAUCGAAUGAUGAUCAGUGAAAUAUUGUUUCUUUUCUAAAUAUUAUUUAUCACCGUAUUUAAUUUGCUGGUUUACAGCUUCUAAUCUACUAUAUUGUUGUGUGUUGUUGUGGUGUGGUUCUGAAAAGUGAAAAGAUGUCCAAGAAAAAUAUAGACAGUUUUCAAACAAAAAUAACACGAAACGAUCGUUUCGCACAGAUGUCCUAUCAAGAAAAACUAAUAGAACAGAAGAAAAGGGAAAUUCAGGCAAAACUUGAUGCCAAAGAGAAAACAAAAGUUGAUGCAAGUAAAGUAAAAAUAGAUCCACCUGCAAAAUCAAGCUCAAAGAGUGAUAUAGAACUCAAGAAUAAUAAUGCAUUUUCCAAUGAUGGUUCAUUUCUUGAUCAAUUCAAACAGUUGAAGGAAACGAAAAAAACAGACUCAAAGCCCAGAUCCUUCAAUAGAUCAAAAGACCGUUUCAGUGAUGACAGAAACAAACCAAAUAACAGAUGGGGCCCAAGAAAAAGAUCUCCUUCACCAAAAGACUCGCAUCCCAAACGUGUCUCACGCUUUUCCAAUGAAAAAAUGUCAAACUUUGAACCCAAAAUAACAAUAAGCACUUCAUUCAGCAACUCUUUAGUACAUCAAAAACCACCUCCACCUCCACCUGCUACCCCUAUUCCCCCCACCACUAACACACCAAACAUGACCAGUCAAACACUGUUGAAAGAUAUACCUCUCAAAACCUUACAGCUGAAUACAGCUCCUCAAAUCCACAAUGUACAACCCUUGGAAAACAUCAGCUCCAACACCAACCAGACAUUCAUCCCCACUCCCAUAUUCACCACUGUGAACCUACCCCUAGUAGCCCCAGUACCCCCUCCACCAGUGGAACUAGCCAAAAUACCCCCACCUAACCCCAUACAAGUAAGAAACAUUCCACCACCAGAGCCCUUGAAUGCAUUAACAAUCCCCCAACCUGCUCCCAUGCAAGUACAGAACAUCCCCACCCCAACUGCCCUGCAGCUGAACCAGAUCCCCAACCCCAAACCCCUGGAUUUGAUGGCCAUUCCCACCCCCAAUGAAAACAUCUCAGAUCCUGAAUUCCUGAAAAACAUCCCACCCCCAAACAGGUCUGUACCACCACCACAAAUGCCGGAAUCCCAGCCGUCUCAAAUGGACUUCCCCCCCACACCCACUCAAAUGGAGUUCCCCCCCAAACAGCCUCAAAUAGACUUCCCCCCCAAACCCACUGAAAUAGACUUUCCCCCCAUGGUAUCCAGCCCUUCCAACAUCCCUAGAAGUACCAUACCCUCCCUGAUGUCCAAACCCAUUUUGCCGCCACCUGGUAUGAGUCUCAACAUCAAUAUGAACUGCCCACCCCCCAUGUUGAAUUUUGGGGGACAGGGAACGGGAAAUUUGGGGCAACUGCCCAGCAUGAAUGUGCCACCUCCAGCUGCUAGUCUUCCAAUGGCAGAUAACAGAUACGGAGAUAUGGAUGCAGUUUUCCAUGCAGGUACAGCGGAAUUCGAGUCGAUGACGUCACUGGGACGCAUGGUGGCCGAGUGCGGAAACAGCAUCGAAGACAUCGUCCGACAGCGAAAAAAACAAGAUCCCCAUCUGUGGUUCCUAUUUCAUAAAGAGUCCGCGGCGUAUCGGCAGUACAGGCGGCUAAUAGAGCAAUUCAAGGCGGAAAAGGAGCCUCCUCAAGGAGAUGUAAAACCAAAAGUGGAGAAGGAUUUCGAACUGUACGAGCCUGAAAUGGCCUUGGAUGAUACCUACGAGGAGGAGAAUAAUUACGGGGAUGAAAAAGUUCCGGUUAAGUCGGAAGAAGAGGAGGCUGCUGAGAAAAAAAGAAUGCGGAAGAGUCGUUGGGGAGGAAAAAAAUUCGAUAUACCCCCACCAUCGGUAUUGAUGUAUAAUACGGCCGCACCUCAGAUUGGCAAUCCAUCUAUUUUGCCUAUGACACCACAAAUAAGUCAAAAUCAGGCACCAGUACAACUUUCAAAAGUGGGACGUACCGACCCCGGUUUAUUGCAGUACGCUAUAAACACUUACGGUACCCCGAAUUUAUCCGAAGAAGAUUGGAAGAAAAUCGAAGACCACUACAAAAUCAACUUGCUCUACCAGGAUAUGGUGAGAAAAAGAGAAGAAGUGGAGCGAUUGCAAAUGGCGGGCAAGCAUAAAUACGAGUACGAUUCCGAUGAGGACGUAGAAGGGGGUACUUGGGAGCACAAAGCUAGGGAUAAGGAAAUGAUGGCCACCGAGCUGUGGGCCCAAGAACUAAACAGACAGGCCGAAGGAAAACACCACAUAGGCGAUUUUCUGCCUCCCGACGAACUCAAACGUUUCAUGGAAAAAUCCACGGCGGUCAAAGAGGGCCGCGAACCUAACCUCUCCGACUACAAAGAAUUCAAAAUCAAAGAGGACAACGUCGGCUUCCGGAUGCUCCAGAAACUGGGAUGGUCAGAGGGGGAAGGUUUAGGAAGUGGGGGAAUGGGGAUCGUCGAGCCUGUCAAUAAGGCACCGCCUAGAGAGAACACCCAAGGGCUGGGUUUGAACUUCAAUCAACCGGAAGAAGAUGAGGAUGAGUACGAAUCGUACCGCAAGAGAAUGAUGCUGGCUUACAGAUUCAGACCGAAUCCGUUGAAUAACCCGCGCAGACCGUACUAUUAGAGGAAAUUUACCAAAGUGUCAUGUCAAUAGUUAUGUAUAAUAGUGUAAAUAGAAUAAAAUAAUAUUAAGUAAGGUC